AUGUGGGUCCUUAAUCCUAGGACUAUGCCUACCAAAAUUGCUGUUUCUGCUCUCAUGACGCAGCGCGUGUAUGCUAUCUACGCGAAGAGCAAGCUUAUCCUCUGGGGCUUGAUAGCCUACCUGGGUCUCGGCGCCAUCCUCACCGGCUAUCUGAUGGCGAGGAUGAAGGCGCAGGAAGGCAGCGGCACAGGGUUAGAUCUCGUAGCUAGCGGAAGCUGCCUGAUCUACGUGUCUGCGUAUAGUCUUCUGCUUGGUGUUGACGUAGGUGUAGCGCUUUCCUCGGCAUGGAUUGUGUCAAUGGUCUUUGACCUCGUCAUCUUCGCAUUGACGGCGUACAAGACCUUCGAUGCGGUGCGACGUCCGGAUAUGCCUCUCAGCCACCUUUUGGUUCGGGAUGGUUCGUCCCAACGUCCGGCUUAUCUUGCGACAACUAACAAGGAGAUAUCAGCCGCGCUUUACUUUGGAAUCAUGGUCGUACUGAACGCUGCCGAUGUUGCCACAUAUUAUCCGAGGUGCGAGCCGCAUUUUUGCUUCACCGGGUCGAACUCAGAUCGAGGACUGAGAACGAAGCAGCCAUACCUUCGAGGCGUCCUUGGGCCGGUGGUCAAUAGCGUCUCUGUUGCUCUCAUCUCGCGGAUGAUGCUCAAUUUGCACACGGAAGCCCAUGCGACCCUUGAGCUUCCGUCGCUCCACUUGGACACACUGGCCUUUGUUUCUCAGGAAGCACGAAGCUCGCCUGAUGAAUAUCGACCUUAG